AUGUCGUUCUCCAGCAUUCCCAUUCUGGAUCUUUCACUUGCCCGUGAUGCCAAAACCAAACCACAGCUCUUGCUCGAUUUACGGCAUGCCCUUCUGGAGGUUGGAUUUCUUUACAUCAAAAACACCGGCAUACCCCAGGAACUCAUCGACGAGGUCAUUCAUCUCGGUAAGGCCUUCUUCUCCUUGCCGGAGGAGAAGAAGCUCGAGAUUGAGAUGAAAAAUGCCCCAUCUUUCCUCGGCUACAACAAACUCGGAAUGGAGAUCACCCGAUUCAAAAUAGAUUGGCGCGAACAAAUUGACCUCUCGACCAGCCAUCCAAUCCCCGGUCCAAAUGAUCCGCUUUACAGAAAUCUUCUGGCUCCGAAUCAAUGGCCGGACGAAAAUGCUCUUCCUCGCUUUCGUGCGGCUUAUGAGGAUUAUAUGAAGCGCAUGGGAGACAUGAGCAUGGAGUUUACCAGCCUUUGUGCUGAAGCCAUCGGCCUACCCAAGGACGCAUUCGCCCAAUUUUUCGACGAGGCUCAGCAGCAUAAGUUGAAGAUUGUGAAGUACCCGGACCUGGAAGAGCUUGGCGUCGAGGGCGAGGCGCAAGGCGUUGGUCCUCACAAGGAUAGUAUGCUGACGAGUUAUCUUCUGCAAGCCAGUCAUCACCGAGGUUUGCAAGUGCAGAAUGGAGAUGGUGACUGGAUCGAUUGCCCGCCCAUCGACGGUACCUUGGUGGUUGCCAUUGGGCAAGGAAUGGAAGCUUUGACCCAGGGUGUUUGCCAGUCUACGACACAUCGAGUGCAAAGUCCCCCACGGGGAACAGGCGCAAGGUAUAGUAUACCUUUCUUCCAGGGUGUUAGCUACGAUGCCACUUUCGAAAGUAUGGAUGUGCCUGAAUCGGUGAAGAAGCUCCGCGCAGAUGUCCUCGAAAAGCGAGGUGGUCAGCGACUUGAUGAUAUUGAGUUCACUUUCAUCAAAGGCAUGUGGUCACGCCUUGGAGAAGCAACUCUGAUGAACCGGAUAAAGAGUCAUCCUGAUGUUGGAGAGCGCUGGUACCCUGAUCUGCUGAAGCAAAUUCAUGAAAGGGAGGCAGACGAAGCAGCGAGGUUCGCUGCAAAGGAGGCCGCUGAGAAAUCCAAUGCAGUCCAGUCUCAGCUGCCGUCGAUCUCUGCGCAUUGA